GCUAGUGGCGUCGUAUGGCGCACGACGCGCUGCCGCCCCGGCGCCCCCCGGUGGGCGCUCUGCCCUCCUGUUGUGCCCCCUUGCGUUUACGGGCCCCCGCUCCUCGAAAUCCUGAUUCUUUGCUAGACAUUACGGCGAAAAAAGUGGCCGAAACCGUUCCUUUUGCACGGAUCGAAGAACGAUACAAUCGAAUUCCCGAACCGGUUCAAAGAAGAAUAGUUUUUUGGAGCUUCCCGAGGAACGAACGCGAUAUUUGCAUGUAUUCCAGCCUGAGCAGGGUACAGAGCAACCAAGAACCGGGUAGUUUGGCCUUCUGCAAGGGCAUGAAACUGCUGGAGACGGGAUGCGUAGACAAUGUCCUUCAAGUCGGGUUCCACCUGAGCGGCGUGGUGACGGCGCACAGGAAUUCACCCCCCGCCUCCCUGCCUUGCGGGGCUCCUGAGCCGCCCCACAAAUUCAAGGUGUCCGUCAGUUUUGACAGGUGCAAGAUCACGUCAGUAACAUGCACUUGCGACACUCGAGACAUCUUCUGGUGUCAACAUGUGGUAGCCCUGUCCCUUUACAGGAUCCGCAAUGCGGAAAGUGUCCGUUUGAGAGUUCCUAUAUCCGAGACCCUUUUGCAAAUGGAUCGGCAACAGCUGCAAAAGUUUGUGCAAUACCUCAUAGCCGAGCAUCACACAGAAGUAUUACCUACAGCGCAGAAAUUAGCUGACGAGAUACUUCAACAACGUAGUGAAAUCAAUCAGAUUGCAGGUGCUCCUGAUCCUACAGCAGGCGCCGCAGCCGAUGAUGCCCAUUCCUGGCAUCUCGACGAGACUCAAGUCUGCGAACAGGUACGCUCAUACCUCGCCCAAGGAGCCUACUACAAUGCCAACAAACAACUAAACUCCCUUUUUUCAAAAGUUCGCGAAAUGCUACGAGCGCAGGACUCCAACGGAGCACGUAUGCUCACGCUUAUCACCGAACAAUUUUUAGGGGACCCCAGACUAGUUCUAUGGAAGAGUCAAGGAACAGCAAUGACCGAUAAGUGUCGACAGUUAUGGGACCAAUUGGGUUCUUUAUGGGUUUGUAUAGCUUUAAGUCCCGGAUGUACACAACAAGAUAAGAAUCAGUGGAAAGCGUUGCUUGAAAAGUGGGUUCGUAUCGACGUAUGCCCUCCGGAAGACCCGGAUUUUCGCGUACAACAAGUGGGAGGACAUAGAGACUCUUAUUCAAACAGAGAUAGAGAUAGGGAUAGGUACUGGCAUGAGAGAGACAGGUAUUCUGAACGAAGAGAUAGGAGAGAACGUGACAGAGAGAGAGAUAGAGACAGAAAUAGGAGCUACUCUUCUUCGGAUACCUCCAGCGAUUCGGAUGAAGACGAGCAACAACAGCAACCCAGCUAUACUCAGAGAGGCAACAAAAGACUGCGGUUCUCCAACGGAAAGAACCAAAGCAAACCAUCAUUACCCAGAACGAUAUUUCAUAGAGCUUUAGAUGCAGUGAACAUGUCCUGGGAUAAUAUGCAUUUGAAAAACAUACUAUCUAGCGACACCUACUGUUCCCAUGUUCCUGACAAUUCCAGUUUGAAUGGUAGCUUUAAUUCCCAAGGCCAACCGCUAUGGCAUGAAUCCAUUCCUUGGUGUGCAGCAAGAGUUGACUCGUUGCGUUCCCAUGGCCACGCAGAGGCAGCUCUAAGAUUAGCUGUCUCCGUGGUUCGUACCAUGAAACAGCAACAGCUUCAAGCCCAGCGUCAGUGGCACGAAAGUCAGCAACAACAGCCCAGCACUUCGGGGUCGCAGUCCAAACCUUGCGUUUCACGAUGUCAGGGAUCCUGCGGAAGUAAUUCCUGCUCUACAACUAGCACCAAGGCACCCGCAAAUCCUGAUGGUUGGGUGGGACACCCAUUAGACCCAAUAGGGUGUCUAUUUGAUACUUUAGCUGAUGCUUCCACAGUUCCAGAUGAUCAAAGACCUCGGACACCUAGUUAUCUCGAUUUUGUGAGUAUGGAUGAGCAACUGAAUAACCUUAGACCCAGAUACCACCACGUUCCAGUAGUGGGUUCCAGGGACCGUUCAGAAACUUACCUCACCCUAGCCUUCGAAAUAGCCCUCAUCGGCCUGGGCCAGCAGAGAGUCAUGCCUGUGGGACUCUAUGCCCAAGAAAAAGCCUGUAAACAAGAAGACCGUUUAAUAGCCAAACUCCAAGAAAUUGAAUUAGACAAUAGCCUGGUAGCAGUCCUACGAAGACAAGCGAUCAUUUUACUGGAAGGCGGGCCAACUAGCGGUCUGGGUAUCGGAAUUCAUCCAGAAUCCAUCCCCAUGCAUACAUUCGCCAGGUUUUUGUUCCUCUCUUUGCUCAAUUUCUACCCAGACUUGGCCUAUGAAGUGGGACUAAGAGCUAUGAGAUUACCGUUACUUGAAGAGGCUGAUGAAAGUCAGGGGGGCUCUAGUGGGGCCGCAGCUGGCCGGCCCCCACGUUGGUUCACCCUGGGACACAUAGAGAGUCAGCAGUGCGCCCUGAGCAGCACCAUGUUGAGCGCGGCCAAAGGAGAGGUUAUGAGACUUCGCACGGUUUUAGAGUCAUCUCAGCGCCACAUUCACAGCUCUUCACACCUCUUCAAGCUCGCCCAAGACGCAUUUCGCUUUGCAACACCUGAGAGUGGACCAAGGCAUCCAACACUUCUCAGUGUAGCUUUCGAGCUGGGUCUUCAGGUGAUGCGCAUGACGCUGUCUUCGCUCAAUUGGCGUCGAAGGGAGAUGGUACGCUGGCUAGUGACCUGCGCAGUAGAACUGGGAUUAGAUGCGCUGGUGUCUCUCAUGCAGAAUUGGUUCCAGUUUUUCACGGCUACAGAGGCUGCCGGUCCUGUUGCUACAACCAUCAUGUCAAGAGGCACUAUGGUUCGUUUGCAGCUGAGUUUCCCGCAGCAAGAAGAACUGAGCGGGUGUGCUAGGACACUUGCGUUACAAUGUGCCACCAAGGAUCCUCCUAACUGUGCCUUAAACGCGCUGACUCUAUGCGAAAACGAGGCUUUAGCUUUUGAAACAGCCUACCAAAUAGUAGUCGACGCCGCCUCACACAUCAUGACUUCUUCACAAUUAUUUACCAUCGCUCGCUACAUGGAACACCGAGGCUACCCUACGAGGGCCUACAAACUUGCCAUGCUCGCCAUGAAAAACGUUCAUCUAGCCUACAACCAAGACACCCAUCCGGCUAUUAACGAUAUUCAUUGGGCAAUGGCUUUAGCUCAUUCUUUAGGCAAGACAGAGCUGGGCCAUAUGGUUCCGCUCCUGGUUAAAAACGUACAAUGUGCCACUGUACUGAGCGAUGUCUUACGACGAUGCGGCGCUUCCGCUCCUGGAGGCCCACCAUUGGCUGGACCUCACCCUGAUGUCAAACACGGGCCCCAUAGGCGGGGCUGUUCGGCGCCGGGACCUAAGCCUCUCUCCUUUGAUCGUCCACCAUUACGACCUCUUUUAGAGGCUGCUGUAGCAGCUUAUAUCAACACCACCCAUUCGAGGCUAACGCAUAUAUCGCCACGUCACUAUGCUGAUUUUAUUGACUUUUUGGGCCGGGCAAGAGACACCUUUGCGUUAGCCCAUGAUGGACACUCGCAGUUUGCGCAGCUUAUAGAGAAUAUGAAGGUGGCAUACAAAGGUAAGAAGAAGCUCAUGUUCCUGGUGAAGGAGAGGUUCGGCUGAUGAUGGCUGAAGAGACGUUGCGUAGUAGCGCCGCCGACUGACCGUUUGCGAUCUCAUAAUCUGCCCUAUAGGCCCGGGGCCCCAUUUGAACCAAAGAUUGGAGCGCUAAGCCGAAUGCUUCCUUGAAUAUCUCCAAGUACAAAUCGUUAAUAUUAUCGUAUGUUAAGGACUCAACUCUGUACGUUUAGCGCUUAUCAUUUUGAUUUCUACCUACCUCCGUCGAUUCAUUUAGGACUAAAAUGAUGACUGUGUUGACGUGCAACCACUUCUCAACUGUGUAUUAAGUCUACCGAGAAUAUUUCUACGUUUGUUUUGUAAUAGUUAAAGGGAUCACACAUGGCGUUCUUUUUUGACAGUUUUACCAUAGUAUAAGGAAACUAGUAGUUUUACUCCUUGUCAAAUCCUUUGUUCUUUUUCUGUGAUGUGACCAC